AUGGAGAAGGCGAACGUCCCUAUGCAGCCAUACCCUCAGACACCAGAGAUGACUGGUCAACCACCCAUCUAUCAUGACCCAAACGCACAAUACCAGCAGCAGCCGGGUCAGUACGCCGGCUCGCCCCCUCCACAGCAGCCCCAGAGCACAUACACGCAACCCCAGCAAGGCCAGCCUGGCAUGCCACCGCAGCAGCCAAGCGGGACCGUCUACCAGACCGCCACACCCAUCCCAAACCUACAGCGUGGGCCCGCACCAGUAGACUGCCCAGCAUGCGGUCAGCGAUCCUUGACAAACAUUGCAUAUGAGACAGGAAAUUCUACCCAUGCCUGGGCUGUGGGUCUUUGUCUCUGCCUCUGCUUGGGUUGUAUCCCCUAUUUGAUGAACUCUCUCAAGGAUGUGACCCAUAAAUGCGGUCGUUGUGGUGUGCUGCUUGCAACAUGGCACCGCAGCGGCUCUACUGAGGUGCACAUUCACGCUUAG